AUGAAGAAGGAUGCGCCCGUCCUCCUGGGCUUUCCCGGCCGCUUGGUAGGCGCUGGAGAGAGGCUGGACCACUACACCACGAAGGUGGGCGGCGCACCCGACUGGCCCGCAUCGGUAUCGGCGGCGGCGGCGGCGGCGGCAGUUGAAGGUGCCGACGCGGGCGACUCUGAUGCCCCGGCGGUUGCCGUCCCCGCGGCUCCCCCCGAGGAGCUCACGCGGUGCCCCACGUGUUCAGCCGUGAUGGCGCUCGUGGUGCAGGCGCACGCCCCGCUCGGGGCAGAGCCAGAUCAGCCCGACGCGCCCGACAGGUCGCUCUACCUGUUCACGUGUUUCGAUCCGCGUUGCGCGUCCGUGCGAGGCGGCAAGAACCGGGGUCGGUGGCGCGCGCUGAGGGCGCAGAGCCCCGGCGCCGGCGGUGAUGGCGCGUGGGGCGGUGACGGAUCCGCGCGGGGAGGGGUAUCGUGCGCUCCGCUCGAGGGUGAGGGCGCGACCGUGGCGGUCAUCGGUGACGAUUGGGGCGGCGGCGGCGGCGGCGAUUGGGGCGGCGGCGGCGACGGCGGUGACGACUGGGGCGGCGGCGGCGACGGCCAAGGCGCGGGGGCAGGGGCCGAGAUGGACGAUCUGGCCGAUGCCCUGGACAGGCUCGCGACGCGACCGACGACGACGACGACGACGACGACGACGACGAAGAGGCGGACAGACGCCGCUAGCGUCGACGCCGACCUCGACCCCGACUUCGAUCCCCGCGCCGCGUGGCAGGGUCCCCGCGUGCCGGAGUUCUUCCUCGUCGCGGACUGGGAGCCGGCGUCGUCCUCCGGCGGCACCGCCGACCUCGCCGAGGCGGAGCGCGCGCUCGCCAGGUACACCGAAGUCGAGGGCGGCGCCGCUUUGGGGGAGUCGGCGCGAAGCCCCGGGUCGCGAGAGGCGGCGGGGGCGGGCAACAACGAAUGGGCCGGCGAGGGGUACGAGGCCGGCACCGUGGACGGUCUCGACGGGCGGUACCUCAAGUUCAGCAAGCGGAUCCGACGCGCCCCGGAGCAGUGCGUCCGGUACGCGUUCGGCGGCGGCGGGUUGGUGUGGCCGGCGGACGGGCCGGGUCCCGCUAAGACGACCCCGCGGUGCGGAAGGUGCGGCGCGGAGCGGCGGUGCGAGAUUCAGCUCAUGCCGCCGCUCCUCCACUUCGUCGCGGAGGCGGCGGAUUGGUCCAAGGGGAACCGGCGCGGACCAGUCGUCGGUGCGGACCAGCUGGACGCGUGGGACUGGCAGACGGUGGCUGCGUUUACGUGCUCAAAGUCGUGCGCGGAGGGUUCGGGUGAAAACGGCGGUGAGACGCAGUGGACGGAGGAGCACGUGGAGUGCGUCGACGGGGACGGGGGCAUCGCCGAGCUGCUAAAGUUGGGUGACGGGGUGGUGAUCGAGACCGCGGUGCCCGUCGACAUGGCUGACGCCAAGUGA